AUGAACGAAACAUCAUCCAGCAACAUUCCGCAUAUUCAACAAGUGACCAACAGUAUUUUUAUGGCUUUACCUUCAGCCAAACAACAACAAGAGGACGUUCCUCAUCAUAAAGAAGAGAAACAACAAUUGUUGUGCAACCAUUUUGAAGAGAUUACUGAUGACUAUCGGGAAUUAAUUAAAAAACACUCCAUCACUCAUGUCUUGAGUUUGGUGCUUCAUAAAGCCUCACAGCAUGAAGAUGGAAACAUUUCUCGUAAUUCCACACCAUCAUCAUCAUCAUUACCAACAACAAACACCAAGGAUACCAAUGUAAAACACACCAUUCUUUCCUACGAGUGUUUAAUUGCGCAUACCAGUCAAGAUACCAUUGAUGAAUUCUUUGGUGGAUGUAAGAAAUUCUUUGUUGAAGCCUUUAAGUACAAGAAGGAAGGACAACCAUUUGGAAUAUUAAUCCGCUCGGAUUAUGAUCUAAAUAUGAGCCCAAGUGUUGUUGCAUUAGCUGUUUAUUUAAUUGAAGAGAAAAGACUAACUGUGGAUCAAAGCAUUGAAUUUAUCCAUUCAAGAUUGAAACCUGAACAUUCGGAGGAGAGUAUUCAUGAUUGGUUGUCUCCUAUUUUUGUGGAACAAUUAAGAUUCUAUGUAAUGGAAAAGAAGGCUGAUAUUAAUUAUGAAUAUUUGUGUCAAAUUUGUCGGCACGCACUAUUCAAACAGGAAGAUUUAAUUGAACACGAACCAACUGAAAAGAGAGGUAAUAAGGAUUUUGAAUACAAAAAACUAAGAAAAGAUUUAAAAAAAGGCAUAUCUAAAUCAUCCAAAUCUUGCACUUCUUUAUAUGCUCGUGACAAGAUGGAAUGGAUGGGAUCCAUGGUAGGAGACGAAGGAAGAUUAGACUGUCCGCAAUGUGGUCACAGAGUUGGAGCUUACAAAUGGAGUGGAAGUCAAUGCUCGUGUGGAAUUUGGGUUUGUCCUUCGAUUCAAAUUCAAAUGUCACGAGUAGAUAAGAGAUAA